AUGUCGGCGAGAGCAAAGAAGCUCAACGCCCUCGCAGCACUCAAGGCGAAGCGAGACGGCCUCCCCGUCCCAAAGAAGGCCGGCCUGUACUCGGACGAUGAAGACGACGAUGCCAUCUACGACGAGGUCUCAGAGGAUGAGUACCGCUCCAUCGUCCGCGGCAGGAUGAUGGAGGACGACUUCAUCGAAGACGACGACGGCAGCGGCUACGUCGACCACGGCCAGGACGAGUGGGCAAAGCCACACGGCUCGGACGACGACGGCCAAGACACAGAGGACGAACAGGACUACUUUGAGCGCACCGGCCGGAAAAAGCCAAAGCGCGGCACAAAGGCACGGGCAAAGGCAGACGCCAAGGGCGCAAGCUCCAAGGCCACCGCAGCAGCCUCGAAAUCCAGCCUAUCGGCCGCCUUCACCAAACAGGCCGCCAUGAAGCCAGCCGGCGUCGGUCGCUCUGUCCCUGCCGCCUCGCGCAGCAAUGCCAUGGACGCCUACCGCCCCGCCGUCAGCAGGGAAAAGGAGGAGGACUUCAUGGCGCGGCUCAUGGGCAACCUCGAGGGCUCGGACGCGGCAUCCGCCUCUCGCGGCAGCGGCGAGCCCGCCAGCCCAUCUCCGGCAGCUCGCAUCUCGUCUCCAUCGAUGCUGGCGCGCAAGCGCAAGCAGGACGACUACGACGACACAUUUGGUCGCUUCCGGUCCUCGAAGCUCGGCAGCGCCGGCGGCUUCUCCAGCCCUUCGACUGGUCCGGCUACCAGCGACUCGCUCCAGCCCUCGAGCGACGGCGUUGCGCCCCCCAGCGUCCACGUUACCGGCAGCGACACGCCGCCGUGGGGCCCGAACCUCGGCAGCGACCCUCCAUUCGACCUCGGCGGCGGCGACGACACGCCAUCUUCGAGCAAGAAGGCGCGCGGGGCGGCCAGGAGCCUGCCCCGCCGCAUCGGCUCGCUCGGCCUCGAUGCCGACGACGACAAGGACAUCUUUGCCGACCAGCACAGGCGGGCCGAGGGCGUCGACGACAAGGUUCUUGCCAUCAGCGACGACGAGGACGGCGACAUCUCGAUCCGCAAGGUGACGGUGGGCAAGGCGCCCGCCAAGACCGUCAACCUGCUCGGCCAGAAGGCGCCGCCUCCGCAGCCCAAGGCCACGCCGAAGCUAAGCCGGGCCACUAUUGGGGACGAUGAGGCGACGCCCAAGCCCGCCAACAAGCCCACCGCACCACAAGCGGGCGGAGAGGGCAGAAUCAAGACGCCCAACAGCCAUUGGCAGUCGGUCCACACGAACCUGCUCAAGAAUGUCACAACCGCCGGGAUGGAUGCUUCGUCAUCGACGCCGAGCAGAGCCGGGCCUUCUACCAACGGCGCCACCUCUGCUAUCAAGGGAGCUGGUCCAGCCGCUACGACCCCCGGCGCCGUCGCGGGCAGCUCCAACCUUGCCUCCGGCAAGAUCCGCGCAUUUGAGGAUGACGGCCGGACGCUCCACUUCUACUGGCUCGACUACCUCGAGGGCGAAAAGGGCAUCGUCUACCUCGUGGGCAAGGUGCGGGAUCGCGAGAGCGGACGCUUCGUCAGCUGCUGCCUCACCGUCAACGGCAUCGAGCGCUGCGUCUUCCUGCUGCCGCGCGAGAGGCAGCUCGAGAACGGCCACCUCACCGACCGCCCCGUCGGCGAAGACGACGUCUACGACGAGUUCGAGGAGCUCUCGCAGCGCCACGGCGUCCAGCGCUUCCUGUCCAAGUGGGUCAGCCGCAAGUACGCGUUCGAGCAGGCCGGCGUGCCGUCCGAGUCGCACUACCUCAAGGUGCGCUAUGGCUUCGAUGAGCCGCAGCUGCCGUUUGACUUCAAAGGCCGCACCUUCUCCAAGGCGUUUGGCACCAACACUUCUGCCUUUGAGCUGCUGGUGGUCAAGCGGCGCAUCUUCGGACCGUGCUGGCUCAAGGUGCAGAACGCCAGUCUCAGCACGGGCACGCCCGUGUCGUGGUGCAAGCUCGAGACGACCAUCGACGACCCCAAGGACAUCAGCCCCGUGCUCGACACGGACGCGGCCGCCCCCAAGGAGAUGCCGCCGCUGACCAUCAUGUCGCUGUCGACGCGCAGCGUGGUCAACCACAAGGAGAAUAAACGCGAGCUGGUCACGGUCAGCGCGCGCACUUGGCACGACCACCAGAUCGAGGACCCAACCCCGCCCGAGAAUCUGCCCUGCUCGAUCUACACGGCGGUGCGACCUCUCGGCAGCAUGUUCCCGCCCGGCUUUGAGGCCGAGGCCAAGCGGGGCAAGACCAAGGUGCACACUCUCAAGUACGAGCGCAUGCUGCUCAACAGCCUGCUGGCCCAGAUCCAGCUGACGGAUCCGGACGUCAUCGUGGGCCACGAGUUUGGUGGCGUCUCGCUCGACGUGCUGCUGCACCGCAUGAAGGAGCUGCGGGCCGACCACUGGAGCCGGAUCGGCCGCUUCCGCCGGCCCAAGUGGCCUACGCUUAAGCAGGGCAUGAACCUCAAGAUCCUCGCAGGCCGGCUGGUGUGCGACCUGACGUCGGACAAUGCCAAGAGCAUGAUUGCCUCGACGACCUGGUCGCUGACCGAGAUGUGCGGCACCCAGCUCAGCAUCCAGCGCGACGACAUCGACCCGGACGAGACGGCGUCGUACUUUGACUCGCUCGCCCCCUCGCCCGAGCGGCUGCUGACCUUCGUGCGCCACUGCGAGGUCGACACCUUUUUCCAGAUGGCCAUCGCCGCUAAGGUGCAGAUCCUCCCGCUCACAAAGCAGCUUACCAACCUCGCCGGCAACAGCUGGAACAAGACGCUCAACGGCGGUCGUGCCGAACGCAACGAGUACAUCCUGCUCCACGACUUCCAUCGCCAGAAGUACAUCUGCCCUGACAAGAUUGCGCUGUGGGAGAAGAAGCAGAUCGCCGAGGCGGUCGCCGCCAAGAAGGCCAAGGCCUCCAAGCAGGCCGGAGGCGGCGCAGCGGCAGCGGCGGCAGCAGCAACGGCCAACGCCGCGGCGACCUCGAGCAAGAAGGACAAGUUCAAGGGCGGUCUCGUGUUCGAGCCGAAGCGUGGACUCUGGGACAAGUUCAUCCUCGUCAUGGACUUCAACUCGCUCUACCCCUCGAUCAUCCAGGAGUUCAACAUCGACUUCACCACCGUCGAGCGACCGCCGACGCAGGGCCUAGAGGACGUCGAGGCCGAGGGCGGCAGCGGCGGCAGCUCCAGGGCCUCGCCGACGGCCGAAGCGGACACCACUGCCACCACAAACGCCACCGCCUCUUCCGCCAGCGAUCCGGACCAGAUCCCUGAGGUGCCGUCUUCAGAUGUCGACCAGGGCGUGCUUCCACGCAUCAUCGCUGGCCUUGUGCAGCGACGUCGGCAGGUCAAGUCGCUGAUGAAGGACCGCACGGCGACGCCGUCGCAGCUGCUGCAGUGGAACAUCAAGCAGCUCGCGCUCAAGCUGACGGCCAACUCGAUGUACGGCUGCCUCGGCUUUGAGAAUUCGCGCUUCUACGCUCGCCCGCUGGCGGCGCUGACGACGUUCAAGGGCCGAGAGAUCCUGACGGCCACAAAGGAGCUGGCCGAGUCGAUGCUGCUGGAUGUCAUCUACGGCGACACUGACUCGGUCAUGAUCAACACCAACGCCACCGAGUACCGCGACGCCAUCAAGAUCGGCCACGAGUUCCGCAAGGCCGUCAACGAGCGCUACCGCCUGCUCGAGAUUGACAUCGACGGCGUCUUCGAGCGUAUGCUCUUGUUGCAGAAGAAGAAGUACGCCGCCGUCCUCGUCGACGACGCCGGGCGCAAGACGACCGAGAUCAAGGGCCUCGACAUGAAGCGCCGCGAGUACUCGGCCCUAAGCAAGACGGUCUCCAACUACGUCCUCAGCCAGAUCCUCUCGGGCAGCGCCACCGAGACCGUCGUCGAACAGAUCCACGACUACCUCUCCGAGAUGGGCCAACAGAUCCGCACCGGCCAGAUCGCCCUCGACGACUUCAUCAUCUACAAGCGCCUGGGCAAGAACCCCGAGGACUACCCAGACAGCAAAUCCCAGCCGCACGUUCAGGUGGCGCUGCGGCUCAAGGCCAGAGGCGGCAGCGCGCGGAUGGGCGACGUCAUCCCCUACAUCUUUUGCCUGGGCGAGGACGGCACCAGCUCCACCAAGACGGCCCAGGCCGAGCGGGCCCACCACCCGGACGAGCUGCGCAAAAAGGACACCGAGUUGCGGAUCGACUACGAGCACUACCUGGCGCUCCAGAUCCUCCCGCCCGUCGAGCGUCUUUGCGAGUCUAUCGAGGGCACCGAUCGGUCGCGCUUAGCCGAGUGCCUCGGCCUCGAUCCGUCCAAGUACGCCACGGUCUCGGCCGGGGGUGGCGGCGGUGGGGGCGCGGGUCUCGACCGCGACUUUGUCACGCUCGACAGCCAGAUCCCAGACGAGGUGCGGUUCGCCGACUGCAAGCCGCUGGUGCUGCGCUGCCCGUCGUGCCGCCAGGCUUCGACCUUCUUCGGCCCGAUCCAUAUCCCCAAGCGGCCGGCAGACGGGUCGGCGCACACGACCGAGGUCAACGCCAUCGGCCGCGACGGCAUCCGCUGCACGCAGCCCGAGUGCCUACAGCCGCUGCCGAUGGCCAGUAUCCUGAUCCAGCUGGAGCUCGCGAUCCGCAGCUUCAUCUCGCGUUACUACGCGGGCUGGACCGAGUGCAACGACCCGCAGUGUGGCGCGCGCACGCGGAUGGCGUCCGUCUACCCGCGCCGCUGCCUGGCGGUGAGGGACGCCAACCGCCCCUCGACGGACCUCGAAGAGUCGCUGGCGUCAUCGUCGGACCGCCAGCACGCCAGCUGCAAGGGCCGGACCGAGCUCAUGUACCGCGACAAGCAGCUGUACAACCAGCUGCUGUACCUCGAGAGCCUCGUCGACGGCGAGCGGAUCCGGGAGCGAGCCAAGACGCUGACGGUGCGGGGCAAGGAGGACGAGGCGCUGGCCACGCUCGACCGCAACGCCGCCGAGCUGUGGGCGAUGCGCGAGACCGUGUCCAAGUACCUCGACAAGAACGGCCGCCGCUACGUCAAGCUGAGCGGGCUGUUUAGGUUCAUGAAGGUGUAA